GUUGCGUGAUGUCAAGGUCCCCGUCGCAAUGUUAGCCCGUUGCUUACCUUGCACUCCGGCGCGUCCAACAGUGCUGCAGCGCAUCUCUCUCCGGCGCAGGAUCAACUGAGCGGCAUUGAGGUGUAGAAGGCUGCAGGGACACGCGAUCAGACACGCAAGCUCCGUAGUGGCAGCCGCAUCACCCUGCGAGUGUGAGAGACGGAGACGGGAGCAGUGUGAGUGUCAGUGUCACCGAGUGUGUGAGAGCUGCCAGGAGCUCUGUCUCGGGCUUCUAACUCGCUGCGUGCCUUGGGCGAGUUGGGGCAGCUCCGCGCCGUCUUAGGUUCCAUGGUUGCUCCCCCAGCCAGCUAAAGUGGGUCAACACAGCCAACCCCAGCUUUUGAUAGGCAGAUAAGGUACCUGCACCUAUCGGGUGCUGCGUCAUGGUCCUUCGUGCCUUGCGGAGGCGAGUGGGCAGGUUGUCACGGGGGCGCAGUUGCUAAGGUAAGUCUGGUCUGGGUAGCCUGCCACACCUGCCUGCCACAGCAGAGGUACCUACCUACUUAAUAGGUACAGGCGCCGCCCCAGCUUCCGCAUCUUCCCCCCGUCAACACAUCAUCAUCCCCCCCCAUCCGUUUCAACCGCCAUCUCCUCAGUAUCACCAGCACGAAGACGCAGGGCGCCAAACACCAUCGUAAUCUGGGUAAUCGAGGUUGACAGCCACGAUGAAGAGCACUCUUCUCACCGCGGCCGUGCUUUUGGGCGCGGCCCAGGCCGAAGUCCACAAGCUGAAGCUGAAGAAGGUCCCCAUCGAAGAGCAGCUUAACUCUGUUCCCAUCGAGCACCAAGUCAGACAGCUCGGCCAGAAGUACAUGGGCGCUCGCCCUGACAGUCACGCCGAUGCCAUGUUCAACCAGAAGCCCUUCACAAGCACUGGCGAGCACCCCGUGCCUGUGAGCAACUUCAUGAACGCUCAGUACUUCUCCGAGAUCGAGAUCGGUACUCCUCCCCAGACCUUCAAGGUUGUUCUGGACACUGGUAGCUCCAACCUGUGGGUUCCUUCCCAGCAGUGCGGCAGCAUUGCAUGCUACCUGCACUCCAAGUACGACUCUUCGUCGUCUUCCACCUACAAGUCCAACGGCUCCGAGUUCGAGAUCCACUACGGCUCUGGCAGCUUGACUGGUUUCGUCUCCCAGGAUGACGUCUCCAUUGGCGAUCUCAAGAUCAAGAAGCAGGACUUUGCCGAGGCUACCAGCGAGCCUGGCCUUGCCUUUGCCUUCGGCCGCUUCGACGGUAUCCUCGGUCUUGGUUACGACACCAUUUCCGUCAACAAGAUUGUUCCUCCCUUCUACAACCUUGUAAACCAGAAGGCUAUUGACGAGCCUGUCUUCGCCUUCUACCUCGGCGACACCAACGAGGAGGGCGAUGAGAGCGAGGCUACCUUUGGUGGCCUCGAUGACUCUCACUACGAGGGCAAGAUCACCUACAUCCCCCUCCGCCGCAAGGCUUACUGGGAGGUUGACCUCGAUGCCAUUACCCUUGGCGACGAGACCGCUGACCUUGAGGGACACGGUGCCAUCCUUGACACCGGUACUUCCCUGAACGUCCUCCCCUCUGCUCUUGCUGAGCUGCUCAACAAGGAGAUUGGUGCCAAGAAGGGCUACAACGGCCAGUACUCUGUUGAGUGCUCCAAGCGUGACGAGCUUCCCGACAUCACCUUCACUCUCUCUGGCUACAACUUCAGCAUUUCCGCUUACGACUACGUCCUGGAGGUCUCUGGCAGCUGCAUCUCCACCUUCCAGGGCAUGGACUUCCCCGAGCCGGUCGGCCCCCUUGUCAUCUUGGGAGAUGCCUUCCUGCGCCGGUGGUACUCCGUUUACGACCUCGGCAAGAACGCCGUUGGUCUGGCCAAGGCUAAGAAAUAAACGCCUACUCAUAACCCCAUUUCCUUGAGAAUACGUCGAUUACUCGGUCAAUCAGAUCCAGGGUGCGGCUGUAAUGUAACUACGAUAGGUAGCUAGUCUGGACACCGUUGUGAGAAUACCAAUAGUAGCAUUUUUCUUUGAGCAUCUGUGUCAUUGUGCAGUAUCUAUGUGAAAUUAGGUAUACCUUUCAAGGAGCUCGAACUGCGCUGCUGAGGUUCAUAGAAUCACAAUUCUAUCCGUUACAGCGAUGUUGCGGUCAUCUCAUAGGCCAUGUACUCAACAAAAUCAAUAAUACUGUUUGCAAUAUU